GAAAAAGGAAAAAAAGAAUAUUGCUCUCUCUCUCUCUCUCUUCGUUUCGUCGGAUUAUCGUCCCCAUUUUCCCAUCAUCUCUUCAGUGAAAACUCGCUCACCUGACCCGGCCAUGUGGCGAAGAAACUCACUGAGUCUCUCAUCCAAACUCGCCGCCCCCAACUCGAACCUCUCCCUUCUUCUCUUCCCCCGCAGUUCCCCUAAUUUCCACCACCAUGGUUUCCUCGCUCGAUCCAAUUUCACCAGCCCGGAAUCCACAUCCGCCGCAGAUCCCGUGACCUGGGCCCGAGCCGGGGCCCAAGUUCCGUACAUCGGGCCUCUUGCAUCGCCGGCGAGCGCCUUUGACUUGCCGUCGGCCGCGGCGCUCAAGGCUAAGGAAGCCGCCGACUUGGCGAAGCACUAUGGCCAAUGCUAUUGGGAGCUCUCCAAAGCUAAAUUAAGCAUGCUAGUUGUUGCGACUUCCGGGACUGGAUAUAUCCUCGGGAGUGGUGGUGCCAUUGAUUACCUUGGCCUUUGCUGCACAUGUGCUGGCACCAUGAUGGUUGCAGCUUCAGCUAGCACCUUAAACCAGGUGUUUGAGGUAAAAAAUGAUGCAAGGAUGAAUAGGACCAGAAAUAGACCGCUACCAUCAGGCCGUAUUACGAUACCUCAUGCAGCUGUCUGGGCAUCAUCGAUGGGUGUAGCUGGGACUGCUCUGUUGGCUAGCGAGGCUAAUAUGCUGGCAGCUGGCCUUGCAGCUUCCAAUCUUGUCCUAUACGCGUUUGUCUAUACUCCGUUAAAGCAAAUACAUCCAGUAAAUACUUGGGUUGGGGCUAUAGUUGGUGCAAUCCCACCUCUACUUGGGUGGGCUGCAGCUUCGGGCGAGAUCUCACUUAACUCAAUGAUACUUCCUGCUGCUCUGUAUUUUUGGCAAUUACCUCAUUUUAUGGCCCUUGCGUACUUAUGUCGCCAAGAUUAUGCGGAUGGAGGGUUCAAGAUGUUUUCCCUUGCCGAUCCUACUGGUCGCAGAACAGGCUUGGUUGCUUUGAGGAACUGUCUUUAUCUUCUUCCAUUGCGCUACCUUCUGAGCUGA